AUGGGGCCUGAAGGGUCUCUAGCUCCUCACCUGCACCUUCCCACCUGGGACAGCAGCCGGGCCCAGCUAGGAAAGCGCCUCAGCCAGAGCUGGUGGCCAUCUGCAGGCCACUCUCAGCCCCUGGCCCAGUCGUCACAGAAUUCGAGGCACCAGGCAGAGCAGAGAGGCCACUUUCCAGCCCCUGCCCUGGACCCUCCUGUGCCAGUUCAACCCCUGACCCGGGAGAGUAGGACCCCAGGGCUCAGGAGGCCCACACCCUGCAAGGCUCCACAGCAGCAGGACAACCAGCCGGGCUCAGUGGCUGGGGCCACACCACCUCCGAGCAAGCGCAGCCUGCCAUCCUUCGUCUGUCUGCACGGCCUCGGAGCACUUGGGGGCUGCGACCUGUGCAGGCUUCGAGUGGGGCCUCCAAGGCCCCAAGAUUUGAGACUUGACUCCACAGUCUCCAAGACCUACCCCAAGAGCCGCCAGGUGGUGCAAGAGUCCCUUCUGUGCAUGGAGAAAAACCAGCAACUCUGGGAAAGUCGUGAGAACCAAGCUGCCCAGGAGGAGGAAGAGCAGGUUUAUGAGCAAGGCCGGCGCAUUCCUCCCCGGCGGCCUGGCGCCCUCAGCCUAUCAGCCUAUCUCACCAUCGCUGGGGAGUGA